UGGGUGGGGCCUCGCGGUCCGCUCUGCCCGCCCCUCGUCGUUGGUGGCGUGUCGGAGGUCCCGGAAGCGUCGUCGUCUUCGUCGUCGUGGUCUGUGGGCGAUGAUGGCGGAGAGUCCGGCGGCCGAGGAGGCUGCGGCGGCGGUGCUGGGCGGCGGGCCCGGAGCGGGAAGCGCCGGUGGGCCUGCGGGGCCUGGCGGGGGCCCGGGCGUGUUCCUGCCGGCCGAGCUGUGGGCGGUGGCGGGGCUGGGCGCGGGCGGCGGGGGCUCCUCUGCGGCUGCCGCGUCCGGAGGGGCCUCCUCAGUGCCGGGCAUCCCGCCCUCCGCCGCCGCUGCCGCCGCCGCCGCCGGCGUCCUGCUCUCGCACUCGGCCUUCUGGGACCCCACCACCAGCGGGGACUGGGACGGGGAGAGGCCUAGCGCCGCCUGCCUCCUCCGCAUCAAACGAGACAUCAUGUCAAUAUAUAAAGAGCCACCUCCUGGAAUGUUUGUUGUGCCUGACCCCCAUGAUAUGACCAAGAUUCAUGCGUUGAUCACAGGCCCCUUUGACACGCCUUACGAAGGGGGUUUCUUCUUGUUCCUGUUUCGCUGUCCUCCAGAUUAUCCCAUCCAUCCACCACGGGUCAAGUUGAUGACAACUGGGAAUAACACAGUGAGGUUUAACCCUAACUUCUACCGCAAUGGGAAGGUCUGCCUCAGUAUUCUAGGCACUUGGACUGGUCCCGCCUGGAGUCCUGCACAGAGUAUUUCUUCAGUCCUUAUUUCCAUACAGUCACUAAUGACAGAGAACCCCUAUCACAAUGAACCUGGUUUCGAACAGGAAAGGCAUCCAGGAGACAGUAAGAAUUACAAUGAGUGCAUUCGGCAUGAGACCAUCAGAGUUGCUGUGUGUGACAUGCUGGAAGGGAAGUGUCCAUGUCCAGAGCCUUUACGUGGCGUUAUGGAGAAGUCCUUCAUGGAGUAUUACGAUUUCUAUGAGGGGGUGUGCAAAGAAAGGCUGCAUCUCCAAGGACAGACAAUGCAGGAUCCCUUUGGUGAGAAGCGAGGACACUUUGACUACCAGUCUCUUCUAGUGCGUUUGCAAGGAAUCCGUCUCAAGGUGCAGGAGAAACACCAGCAGGAAAACCCAGACAUAGACUCAGAGAGCAGUUCCUCUGAAACGGAGACGGACACUCAAGGCAGCAUUAAGGCUUAGAGAUCUCCCAUCUAAUUGCUUGGGAACCCAAGACCUAGGGGUGGGGAUCUUCUGACUCCAGACGCUGUGGAGGAUCCUGGCUAAACCUGAGAACCAGUCUGGUUCCAGAGUGGAGAUAACAUGGGCAGAGAAGCAUCCUUUGGUCGCCUCCUUCAGUGCUCUGGUUUUUGUUCAAAAACAAAAAAAGAGGAUUUGAUGCUAAAACUGAAUUGGAUUUAUCACAGGCGAUAUUUUGAAAAUGGUCCUUUUCUCCACUGGAGAACUUACGAGCCGAUGGCAUACAGGCAUUCUGGAAGAACCUGUGAUACAUGGGUUUCUGUAUCUUCCUGCCUAACUUCCUCCCUCUUGAUUCAAAAAGAGCAUGAGAUCGAGAAUGACUCUCAGAUUCAUCAUCUCGGUUCCAAAACAUACUGCUUCUUCGUAGCACCUCCCUCCCGGCUUGCCCCCCAGCCAUGGUAGACCCCCAGCCAUCAAGUCUGUUAAAGCACUUUUUGACAGUUUAUAUAAACAAGUCCCCCACUACCACCACCAUCACCAAAUUUUUCAUAUUUGCUUUGUUGUAGUUUCUUAGUCAGGUUGGUAUUAUCUGUUUUAGAAAGACCAAAGAGGAGGAGCUUUUGCUGGAAUGGCUUUAUGGCAAUUUAAGUUGUCAAAGCUUUAUUCAUUUGUUGAACUUCCCCCUGCUCUUGAAUUUCAUUUGGGAAAGAAGAGAUCCAAAAUUUAAAUGUUUCAAGCUUGAGAGCAACACCUAGCAAAUGUAGUCUUAUUUCAUGUUACAACAUUCUUUUUGGUCAUUCCCAGAAAAAAAGCCCUUUAAAUUGCAUCUAAUUUGGAGGAAGGCUUAGUGUUCUAGUUCAGGAAAAGAGAGUGCUACUGAGGAGACACAAUUCUGCAUUACUAAUAGCACUCACAGGAGAAGACAGAACAUAUGGAUAAUUGCUGUAGAAAGGAAGCCCAGCCAUGCUUACUGGAAGCUUUGAGAUGACAUCAUGCAAUUUUUGGAAGAACCAGUUAAGAGUUUAGUGAUGUCCAAAGCAUAUAAGUAACCUGGGCAGCAUCAAUGUGAGAUUCAAGAGUAAACAGGAACCAUUGAAAUACUCUGUUGAAGGAUGUGAUCUCCUUUUGACAAAAUUAUCUGUUGAAUGUGAAGUCUGGGAUUGCGUGUGUGUGUCGCUAUCAAAUCUGCCAUAAAUCCUUUCUCUCGCCUUGCUCCACUGUGAUAGAGAGAUAUAAGGCUGCAACUUAAAGGACGCCUUCUGAAGAUUGAAUUGUCUACAACCAUUCUCCUGGCUGGUAAUUAUUAUUUUUAGUUUAGUUCGUAGACAGAAAGAUCCAGAAACCUUGUGAGUGUUUUUCCCCCUCCCUCGUUCUUCUAGAAACAACUUUAAAUUGUUUGAAAACUGGAAGAACAUUAUUAACAUAUAGGAGAACAUCCUUAUCUAGAGCUGAGAUGGGGAAGGUGUGAGGUCAAUUGGGAGGUUUUCACUCAGCCAGUUUAUUAAGACUAAUGGAUCUACGCAAGUAACCACCUUCCUAUCUGCCUCUGCUGGCAUUCAAUCUUCCAGCUCUUCUUGCAUCUCUCUGCAGUGGAGAGAAAGGGAAGGGCCACUGCUUCAAACCAUUUUGGUAGCAAAACAUUUCUGUAUGUCUGCAUUUGGGCUGGGACAGAAUUGUUUCCCAAUCCCCACCACUAAAGCCACAUGAGGAGGGGGAAGAAGACUCUUAAGAGUGAUGAACAGCUGAUGGAAUCAAACAGAAGCACUUCAGUGCAAGAUUGCAUUUUGAUGCCUAGUGAAGAAGGCACCCACAAGGCAGUUAAUUGUAUCAUGUUUAUUUUUAAUUUUAUGGGGUGCAAUCUAGCAGAAGUCAGAUGUGAUUAAUACCCUCUCCACAUUGAAAUCAAAGGGACUUGAAUGCACAGUUAAUGUUUUAAGUCCCACUGAAAUCAGUAGGACUUGGAUAGUAGGCCUUAUAUUCUCUGGACUGUGCCAAUUGUACAAAUUUGGCUUUUCUCCCCAUUCUGUAGUCCCCUGCACUAGAGGUGCUCCCAAGUCAGAGCACCGGCUCAUUUUGGCGAUCAGAAUUCCAGGUGCAUGUUGGCUGUUGAACCAUUGCAAACAUUUCCUUUAAACACACACACAACAAAACAAAACAUGAAAAUGCCUUAUGUGGUUUUUUGUUUUUCACACGGCUCGCAUGUGGAUGUAAGAAAAAAACAAAACAAAGGAAUAUGGUUUUCUAGUUGCCCAUAGUCAUCUGUCAGCAGUUUUCUGAAUGUUUCCAUUUCAAAAAGUGACAAUCCUAGAUGACUGAUCUAGACAAAUGUUUAGUGACAGAAUUUUAGGCCUAACAAGCUGAAAAAAAUGAAACAAAUGCACAAGGGUUUUCAAAUAAUGAAACCUUGUUUAUAUAAAAUUGUACAUAAAGGGUUUUUUGUGCAAUAAAGUUUGUUUUGGCAGGA